AUGACCGAAUCAGACGAGCCUGAUCGUUCGCCACGUGGCAAGCAGGCGGAUGUGACACGUGUCUACGUGGUGUCAGACAUUCACACGGAUCACGCGGAAAACAUGGAGUGGGUGGAACGGCUGACGGCGACACGUCAGAGGUCGGAAGGUUCUACGAAGGGGAGAGACGUGCUCAUACUGGCAGGCGACGUUACAGACAAUCUUGAGGUCCUCUCGCGCACCUUCCAGCUGCUGACAUCAGCGUUCCACCACGUGUUCUUCAUCCCUGGGAACCACGAGCUCUGGUGCCGCCACCACGACCACCAUACCCACCAUACUCAGCACAGCGAGCACAGCAACCACGAACAUCAUGACGAUCGCAAUACAGGGGGCAAAGGAGACGGACUGCCAGAUUCCUCCUCCCCGCCCUCCCCCGAGCCGUUCACCUCCCUGCACAAGCUGACGAAGGUGCUACAGUGCUGCGAGCGGUGGGGCGUGCGCACGGAGCCGAUGCGGGUCGGUGACGUUUGGAUUGUUCCGCUCUGGUCGUGGCACCACCAGAACAGUGCCGCUGUGCCGCUGGGGGGGAGUGGGGCAGAGGGCAGUGGUGCGGAGGGCAGUGGUGCGGAGGGGGGUGGUGCAGAGGGCAGUUUUGCGGAGGCCAGUGUGGAGGGCAGUGGAGCCGAGGGCGUGCAGAUCAUCUCUUUCUCUCACUUCCUUCCCAGGAUCGAUCUGCUCCCCGAGAAGCGCAUGCUGCUGUAUCCCAAUCUCGCCAAGAUGGCGGGCUCCCAUUGGCUGGAGGCGCGUGUGCGCGCCGUGCACGGUCCACGUGGCGGCCCCACAGCGUGCCACGUGUUCGGGCACACGCACUUCCACUGGGACUCUUGGGUCGAUGGCAUCAGGUGGGUGGGAUGGCAUCAGGUGGGAGGGAUGGCAGCCGAUUUACCCGAGGACGGCAGCAGACGUUCGUCCGUCUCCGAGGCUGCAGCGGAAGGCACUCCGGCGGAAAUAGAGGAGAAGCAGCGGCUCCUGGCCGGCUGGCGUCGCGUGCCGCACAACAAGUCCCUCGACGACCUCCACUCGUCCGUCUACGUGCCGCCUCCCGAAUCGGCCUGGUACUACAAGCUCUUCGCGUUCACCGGCCUGGGAUUUGUCGUCAGCGUCGGGUACAUGGACCCGGGAAACUGGGCGACGGACAUUGCGGGAGGGUCGGCGUUCGGAUACACGCUGCUGUUCGUCGUGCUCAUGUCGUCCAUCUGCGCUAUGUUCCUCCAGAGCCUGUCUUUAAAGCUCGGCGUCGUCGGCGAGAGGGACCUCGCGCAGGCCUGCCGCGACGCGUACCCGCGCUACGCUAAUCUUACCCUCUGGAUUCUCGCCGAAAUCGCCAUCGCAGCCACCGACCUCGCGGAGGUGAUCGGAUCCGCGACCGCCAUGUACCUUCUAUUCGGCUUACCCUUAUGGAUAGGCAUCCUUAUAACGGGAGCCGAUUGCCUCCUUAUUGUCUUCCUCGGCAGCCGCAGCGCGCGCGUGCUGGAGCUCUUAAUCUUCAUUCUCUGCGCUUUAAUCGCCGCGUGCAUGACGUACGAGCUGAUCGCGGUGCGGCCCGAUUGGGUCCUAGUUAUGAAAGGGUUCAUUCCGUCAGGCCAGAUUUUCACCAACCCUGACGUGCUAUACGCGGCCGUGGGUAUCCUGGGAGCAACGGUCAUGCCGCACAACCUCUACCUCCACUCCAGCAUCAUACAGACGCGUAAUUACAGCCGAACCGCCGAGGGGAAGCGCAUGGCGGUCCGUUAUGGCACGUGGGACUCGUGCCUGUCGCUGUUCGUCGCGUUUUUCGUCAACGCGGCGAUUCUGAUCCUCGCAGCCGCUGCGUUUUACUACAACGCGUCAGGCCAGCAGACCGUGGCGGAUAUCAGCGACGCGUACCACCUGCUCGCGCCCGCCAUCGGCGACACCGCCGCGCGUAUCCUCUUCGGCGUCGCGCUGCUGGCAAGCGGGCAGAACUCGACCAUCACUGGAACGCUCGCGGGUCAAAUUGUGAUGGAGGGAUUUGUGGACGUGAAGCUUCCGCCGUGGCUCCGUCGCAUGGUGACUCGCUGCAUCGCGAUCAUCCCUGCUGUCAUUGUGGCUGCUAUCAGCGGCAUGGAAGGCGCCGGGAAGCUUCUGGUGCUGAGCCAGGUGAUUCUGUCGCUGCAGCUUCCGUUUGCCAUUGCGCCGCUGGUGCAUUUCACGUCGUCACCGGCUCGCAUGGGGAAGUUUGUGAAUGGGUGGGUGAGCAUGAUUCUGGCGAUUCUCCUGACGCUGGUGAUUAUAGGGCUUAAUGGGUUCCUUGUGGUGCAGUGGGCCAUGGGUGGUUAG